CUGUGUAAUUUUAUUCCUUAAAACAUGAGCGAAGAGGCCAAAACAGAGUUGUCAUGUGGGGAGUACAGCAGGGGUGUCCCCUGGUACCCCCUGAAAAAAUGGUGGCAGUCCAGCCGGCUUUUCAGUCAGGAUGUUGGCCUGCCGCCUUUCCUGGAGCCAGGGGACCCUCGGUGGAUGGAUGUGGAACGGCUCCAGAGUAGUUUGGCAGCCUGCUCCUGGCCAGGGUACAUACCCGCUCCGCUGUUUGUGCCCUACAUCUCUGGGUCGAUGCAUCAUCCCGGCCAGAAGAUUAGUAAGGAGCAGCACAAGUGGAGGGUCAGCCUGGACGUGGCUCACUUCUCCCCUUCAGAGAUUUCUCUCAGUGUCAGAGACGGAUUCCUGGAGAUCCGAGGGAAACACGAGGAGAGGCCAGACGAGCAUGGAUUUAUUGCCAGAUGUUUUACAAGGAAAUACAGGCUCCCAGCUGAGAUUGAUGCUACCAAAAUCGUAUCCACACUUUCUGUGGAUGGUAUUCUGACUGUGGAAGCUCCAGUUCCCGAAACCUCUGUUCCUGCUGCCUUCAUCCUUCCUAUAAAGGUGAUCACAGCUGGGAAGUAUGUUUACAUUUAAAGGAAUAGUUUGACUGCUUGCUUUUUUGCCGAGACAAUCAAUACCAUAUAUGUCCGGUAAAUGUAAGUCAGCCAGUAGCUGGUUAGCUUAGCUUAGCAUUAAGACUGGAAACUGGCUCUAUCCGACGCUACAGAAAUCGGCCUCUCAAGCCCCUACAUCCAAAGCUCAACAGUUUAACAAAUACAAUGUUUUUACAUGUUUUGUAUUUGUUUUGAUUAAACACAUCAGAUGUAACUAGUGUAAAUAGUAAGCUUUAGAGGUGAAUUUUGUUGUCUUCGGACAGAGCCAAACUAGCUUUUUCCCCCUCUUUCCAUUCUUUAUGCCAAGCUAAGCUAACCAGCUGCUGGCUGAAGCCUUAUAGCAUGUUUACCACACAGACACGAGAGUGGUAUUGAUAUUUUCAUCUAACUCUCAACAAAACCCCCCCCCACAUUUCCCAAAAUGUCAAACCAGCCCUUUAAGCUGAUUUUCAACACACAUGCAGGGCAAUAUCUGCUGAUUGAUUCCAAUUCAAAAUCCCUCUUGAGUCUCCACGUAAGAAAAGACUGGCAUACACAUUCAGUAUUGAAGUUGGGCAUGGAAGUGGAGCAAGUUAACCUUUAAUCAUAAUCACUCAUUUCAUUUAACUGCUGACAUUUUCUACAUAUUUAUGCACAAAUGCAGGUGGAGAUGGAGUUGGCUGGAGAAAAACAGGAGAAAGAAGAUGCCCCUGAUACAGAGCAAGAUAGCUGCAGAGCACCAGAGGCCCCAGAUUUUCCACCUGCAGAGACUGAGGGGGAAGAGUCUCCACCAGAGGUCCAUGGUGAUCAGGCGCACUCUGGCAGAGUCAUAGCCGGGCUUCAGCAGCAUGAAGGGAGGAGGGAACAGGAGGAGGAGACCCAUGACAAGGCAGCUGGAGAGUCCCACCCUUCAGUGCCUGCAGAUGACAAAGGCACAGAGAGUCUUGAAGAUUCUUCUAAACAUCACGAUCCACUGGAAAGCCAGGAAAGCCCAGACACAGACGUGUCCAAACAGCCAGAACACCAAGAACCAGUCGUGGAUGAAGAGAUCCAGGUAAUGGCAGGCUCAGGGGCGGCUGCUGAGGAGAACACCCAGCCUGAGGAGCCAGAGCUGGGCAUGAGUCCACCGAGCGAGGUGCUGAGCCAGGAGAUCGAAACUCCCGAGAUAAAACAAGAACACACCGAGUAGAAACACAAAUAUCGCUUAGAAGUUGCACAUACCACAUAUUGACAAACUACUCAAACAGCUUGCAUAGCUUACCUCGCACCAGUUCUACAGAAGCAUUUUAGUCACUAGAUAUAAUAGCUAACCAUGCUGUCUUUGGAGCUCCAAUAAAGCAGUAGCAUGUAAAAAUG